CGGUCGCUGUUAAAGCCGACCAAUAACUGUCAGUGUUUGUGAUCUCCAAUCAGCUGGGCAGACUCAUGACGUUUAAGUGGUUUGUUGACAAUAGAUUGUAUAGGUGUUGGAUAUCGUGCGAUCAACCUUUUUUUAUGUUUUAUUCCUUUCUGGCCUUGAAUUAUGGCCAUAGUUUAGGUGACCAGAAUGCUCAAAGGAAGAGGGUGGUUCGGAGGAGGGCUAUGGAAGCAAAAAAAUCCUCACUCGCUGGAACAUUUGCGGCACCUUUACAAUGUACUCAGUAGAAACCAAGUGGUGCAAGACAACAAUCGGGAGCUCCUCGUAGAGACUUUAAGAUCUAUCGCUGAAAUUUUAAUUUGGGGUGAUCAAAAUGACUCCUCCGUGUUUGACUUCUUCUUGGAGAAGAAUAUGCUCUCCUACUUUUUGCGAAUUAUGAGACAAAAAUGUGGGAGCUACGUUUGUGUGCAACUUCUACAAACUCUAAAUAUUCUUUUUGAAAACAUAAGAAAUGAAACAUCACUGUAUUAUCUCCUGUCAAAUAAUCAUGUCAAUUCCAUUAUUGUACAUAAGUUUGACUUCAGUGACGAAGAGGUGAUGGCGUAUUACAUAUCAUUCUUGAAGACCCUUUCGUUAAAGCUCAACAUACAUACAAUUCAUUUCUUUUAUAAUGAGCACACAAAUGAUUUCCCAUUGUACACAGAGGCCAUCAAAUUCUUCAAUCAUCCAGAAAGCAUGGUUCGCAUUGCCGUUAGAACCCUCUCUCUGAAUGUUUAUCGGGUUGACGACCAGUCAAUGUUGCAGUUUAUUUGUGACCGUACUGCAGCGCCUUACUUUUCAAACCUUGUAUGGUUUAUAGGGAAUCAUAUAUUAGAGGUGGACAAUUGUGUGAGAGGGGAUGUUGAUCACAAUAGCAGAAGCCGUCUUGCAGACUUAGUAGCUGAACACUUAGACCACCUGCACUACUUAAACGACAUUUUGAAACUAGAUAUAACGACACUUAACGAAGUUUUAGCAGAUCAUCUUCUUAAUCGAUUGCUUGUACCUCUUCUAGUAUAUUCCUUAAACCCUCAGCAUGAAAAGGAUGAAAGACCGAGAGUUAGCAGUGUAGUCUCCCUCUUCUUGCUGGCACAGGUGUUUUUGAUAGUUUCACAUGUGCCACUUGUUAGGGCACUAGCCAAAAUCAUCUUUCAUGCCGAUAAUUCCAUAUUUUCGGAAGAUACUAUAAUUCUCCAGGGCCAACGUUUGGUUCGGAGAGGCUUUGUGGCUCCUGAGGAACCUUUGGAAAAAUCUCUUCAAUCCAAAACUAUCAGUGAACCUUACAGCAGUGCCCCACCAAGUCCUGGUGGUUCUAUGUACAAAAAGGAAGGUGAAGGCAGCGGGAGUGGAAGUGGUAGCGGUAGUGCUAGUGGUAAAGGAUCUCCAAAUAAGCUGACUGUAGGGGAGAAAGACAGUAGUUCCUUGGCAUCAGUUGAUCAAGGAGCCGAAGAAGCUACUCUUUGUAAAGAACUACGGGUAUCCACACCAGCUGCUGACAUACUGGCAAGUAUUGGUAUAUCCGAAUUGGAAGCAACACAUUUAAAUAUAACUGAUGAAGAAAAGCAGCAGCUUAGAGCCACAGAUCAAACUGGGAGCAGCAGCUCUAUAAAUGGCUUGAUGAAAGACCCUGUUUCACUCAACAGUGGUGAGAGGCCUUUCCUCAACUCAUUGGUUGCUUCGUUAGAUUGCACAGGAGAUGACUAUGCCGCACUUUUUGGUCUUUGUCUUCUUUAUGCAUUAGGUCAUAAUCAAGGUGUUAAUCAAGAAUUGUUAGAACUAACAGAAGUAGAGAGAGAAACAGCAGAUGCAUCAUUAAGCUACAAUGCCCAUGUGGUUGACAAGAUGUUGGAGAUCAUUACAUUGAGCUGCCAGUACAAUUCUCGUGUAAGGGUUGCCACUCUUGAGUUAGCUUUGCUUGUCUUAAAACAAUUAAUUGGUGUUGGCUCUAGUGGACGUAGAAAACCUGCCUGUCUGCCUGACCAUCACAUUGCAUCGUUAGAGGGUGCUCGUGAAGAGGCAACGCUAAUGCUUAGAAAUUUUUAUAAGAGUGAAGAAAUCUUCCUUGACAUGUUUGAAGAUGAGUGGCAUGAAAUGCAUAAGAAGCCAUUGAAUGUUGAAUAUUUACUACAAGAUGCCUCGGUUCUUUUACCCCCAGCCGGUACUCCUCUGACUGGUAUAGAUUUUAACAAGAGACUGCCAUGUGGAGAGGUUGAACGGGCACGACGAGCAAUGAGGGUAUUUUUCUUGGUUCGUGAAAUGAGUCUUGCUGCAAGGGAAGACCCAGACACCCAGUUGCCCCUAACGAAUCCAGCUGCCUGUGUCCAAGUAGCGGAUGUAUUAGAUCUUAGCAUGUUCUGUAAGAUCUGCAAGAAGAGGAGGAGGCAAACUGCAGACAACCUUCCUCCUAGAUGUCAGCACGUUCAUCCAAAUUCUGAAUAUAAUAGUGAUCUUAUUGCUUGUGUUGUGAUACCUCGAGAUGGCCAGCGAAUGAAACGUUUCCUUGUUAUAGAUGUCAUCCAGUUAAUCUUGGUGGAACCUGAUUCAAAGAAGCUUGGUUGGGGAGUAGCCAAGUUUGUAGGAUUUCUUCAGGAUUUGGAAGUAACAGGUGACAAAGAUGACUCAAGGGUCCUUCAUCUAACAAUUCACAGGAAAUCUGCAUCUUCUGGGGCUAUUGGCCGUCCUACUACACCUCUUUUGGCAGCUAAAUUUAUUUUUGAUGACCAUAUUCGUUGCAUGGCUGCUAAACAGAGGUUAACAAAGGGAAGAAUGAAGGCACGGCAAAGAAAACUUCAUCAAAUAGGGCGUUUAUUGGAGCUUCCUGGUCAUUUGCAACCAUGUCCUUCACCCCCUGCUCAUGCUUUGCACACUAUGCGCCAGGAGGCUCACAGGAGAGGGCUGAGUCGUGCAGGCGGAGCUGAUGUAAGAAGUCGAAGCCAGUCUCAUCGUCCUUUGUUUAAUGUGAAUCGUGUUCCAGGAUUUGCUUUGAAGCGUGAAGGUGGAGUCAUGCCUCAGACUACCUCAGAUGAAGAAGGUCGAAGUGGACGUCCUGAAUCCCAAAGUCCUAGUCGAAGUAGCCGUCAAAAUGGAAAAGUUCCCUCUGCUCGUGAGCGAGGAUCACGUUCCAGUUCCCGGCCAAGACCUCGAAGUGAAGAAAUUCCAAUGGAAGACAUGAUGGCUUCUGGCAACCUUCCACACAUGUCUCCUUCUAUGCCAAAGGUGAAUAUAGAGAAUACUAGCUCCCCUCAGGGAAGCAGUAGUAGCAGUAACUCAAGUAAUGCUGGUGAGAUGGCUGUACCAGAUGGAGGUUUAACAGGGAAUCCAGAGCCCACUACAAGACUAAAUAUUGGAAGUCCAGGGAGGGAUGAGGGUGCCUUUGCGUGUGUGUCUCUCCUUGGUAAUACUGAGAACUUGCCUGGUCCUGCUCGUCUCCAUCCUCCUCUCAGUCAUGUUCCACCUUCGGUCGUCCCUCCUACUGCCAGCGAUUCUCAUGUCUUCCCCACUGAGGGCGAUAGUCAGUGCAACAUUAAUCCAGCCACUGUUAUGAAUAUACCUUCUAUAACCAGUUCCACUUCUCAGACAGAUGAAAAUGAAACUUCUUUCACCGCCAAACCCUUGUUAACCAGAACUAAUGUUAAGUAUGAUGUGUUUGAAUUUCAGGCUAAUGAAAGUUCAGAAGCUGAAGUGGCAAAGAGAGAUGGACCGAGAAACAGUUUAGGCUCCUCAGAUUUUAGUCCAAUCCGAAGAAUUAGAGUCAAGGGCAACAUUGAAACAGUUUAGUGAAAUAGAUCUGCACUGUUGUGUUUUACAAGUGUUAGUGGGUUACGUGUUCAUUCUAUGAAUUGUAACAGAGUACCUCAUUUUUAUGAUAUAUUCUAUGAAUAGAGUCUAGAUUCCAAAAAGUAUUGUAAAAAGAGAAUUUUCCCAUUUUUCAAUACUGGAUUUAUAUCAUUGUGAUGACCUUACUUUUUAGAUUUGUCUUUAGCUUUUUGAAUUUUACUUCAAAUGUCUCAAUACAAGGAUGAUUUAUUGUAAUACCAGGAUAAUUUACUCUCAUGGACUUCUGUUAUAUUUGUUUGUCAGCGGAAAGUAAACUUUCUGUUUAUCCUCACUUGGAUUGGAACUUUUGUUGUUGAUUCACUAACAGAAGAACCAGAAAUGUUAAUACUACUACCACUUUUAAAUGUGGUAGAGGAAAGACAUCAUUAUUUAUUACCAAAUAAAUCACCAGAUUUAAAUUUGUAUCCUAGUACAGAAAAGUCCAUUGUGAUACAUAAAUAGAAAAUAAUACUGUGCAGUGUGCUCCUUUCUUUAAUCUAAAACUAAAGUUUCAACUUGUUUGCUUACCAUUUCACUCCACAAUCAUAUGCCGUUUUCCAGAUGUCUUGUGCCUAAAUAUGAUAAUUUAGGAAUGUUAUUUAUGUUUUGUUGAUUGCAUUUGUAUUUCCACAGAAUAUUCUGAUGGGAGUUGUUAUUCAAUCAGUCUUACCUUGAGAUUGUGAAAAGUUUUGAUCCACAGAUCCUAUGUAGUUCAAUAUGUCUACAAAGAAUUUAUUAUUGGCAAUUAAUAUGGUAUGUGCUACUUCUACUUUAUAGUAUAGCACUGUAUUGCGGCUCCCUUCCCCGCAAUUUUUAAUUCAAGGUUUAUAUUUUUAUAGCCUCACUAACACUGAACCAUUUUUGUAAAGUUUUUCUCAUUAUUUCAUUACUCUAAAUUAUAUAUGAUUUAUGAGUCAGCUGUUCAUGAAAUAAGUUACAUAUUUUCUGAAAUUGUUGUAUACAUAGUUUUCCAGAUAGACAUUUUAUGGUCAACACCCUUUUGCUUCACCAUAUCCCAUAUUGAUAUAAAAUACUCUGAAUAAAUGUGGCCUCAACCCAUGAAAUUUCUUGCACAUGCUCAUACCUAAAGUAAGUUUUAUGCAAUUGUUAGUUCAGAAGCCAUGGACUUCAAAAGAUACAUGUUAUGCUGCAGGGGUGAUCAGUGUUUUAAUGGCUCUUAUUCUGUUGGAAAGCACUGUAUUUGUAAAAUCAUGUUGACUAUGUAUUAGGGAUUGCGUCUUGUUUUGGACAUGGUUUGUAACCAGUUAGAUUUAUACUGCUUGAGAGUUUUAUCAUUGGUCCCACAACUGCCAUUUCAUUUAGGUUUUAACCAAUUACUUAGUACAUCGUGAACUGUUUAAUGCAAUAUUUUAUAGUGCAUUUUGCAAGUUGUUUUUUUUUUCUUUUGCCAUAUAAAACUAUCAUAUUUCUAUCACUUGCUUUGAACUACCUAAUUACCACUGCCUCAUUCCACACAAUUUUUAUUACUAGUAUUUACAUAAAUGGAAUUUUUUUGUUAUUGAUAAAGCGGACAUAAUAUGUAAUUCAUUGUCAUUGGUCUAUAUUGUUUUUAAUUAUUGGCUUCCACUGGGUUUCACAUGCCUUUAUGUGCAGAGUAUUGUGUGCCUUUACUUGAUAGUGGUAGUUAAAGUUAAACCAUAUAUUUUUCAGUUAAAAUCUUGUCAGACCCUCAGACUCUUUUUUGCUUUUGUAAUGAAGCACUGUACAGGUAUUAAAUUGUUCAGUGAGUUUUUCCUCCAACUACGCGUAUACUAAUGGUUUGUUAAACUUUUAAGAUUUCGUAUUAGUUUUCUAAAUGAAAUAUUUUAAACUGUGAUAAGAUUUUGCAUAGUUUUAUCAUUUUCAUUCUAUUUAUGAACUUUUUUUUUAUCAAAAUGUACAAUAACAUUGUUGGUUAGUAUCCUGCAAUUGUUCAUAUUCACUUCAGUAUUUUGAAAGUCUGUUGCUUGUGAUUCUAAAAUAGUUUACUCUGAGGUUGUGUCACUUAAGAAAAGAAAUACUUUGUUAAAAUUAGAAAAUUUGCAUUUUUAUAGUCUGUAUAUUACAUUUAAAGCUUUAAACUGCAUAUUGACAUUUUGUGCUGCAUUAUAUUAUGUUAUUAUAUGGAAGUGUAUUAUAUAUAAGAAUGCUUUUAAUUUGUUGUUAGCAGCUAAGUUAUGGUGAAAAUAUGUUUAAGAAUAGUGACUUUCAUCUCUGUCCUGAGAUCUUGGGUAUGCCAUGAAAUUAUGAGAGGCGCUGUAGGUCAGGGUAUUAUUAGAUAUAAUAGCAACCAGUGAGAGGGCCCUAAUCAUGUAGGUAAAACCCAUGACAAUUCCCAGGUAGACAGUACACAAAAUGGAGGGAAGUUGAGAAUACUCAAACAUCCAGUCGUCUAAAGGAAAGACUGGAAAAAUAAACUGAUAACAGUGAAACUUAUUAAAUUAGCUUUUGGUAUAUAGUCAUCAUUCUCUUCCUUCCGAUGUGAAGGGUCUCUGAAGGUAACUGGAUUUAGUAAUAUGUACUGACUUAUUAAAUUUCAUCUCAUAUAGGUUUCCAACUUUAUUGAACAUUGUCUUUGUUCAGUCAUUAUUACAGCAUACAAGAAAUAAUCCCUUAUGUGAGUCUAUGAAUGUGACUUGGUGGACCUUUUAAAUGAAUUUAUAAAAUGUGUUGAAGUGCAAGUCCUCAAUUUUUGUAUUUACUGCUCAGAAAUGUAAUCAAAAUUAAUGUAAACUUUGCUUUUAAUAUGUAAAUUAAGUUACUUAUUAAGCUGCUAUGCAUACUUACAAUAAUUAAUUCAGUCAUAAACUGACAAUAAAAUACAGUAAAGAAGUAUUUAAAAAAAAAGGAUGAGAUGAAAUAACAGCUUAUAAAGGAAGUGGUAGAUUUUUGUAAUUAAAAAGUAACAUUUUGCUAAGUUACAUGUUUAAUUGAAGUUAAUAUCUGGUAAAUCGUACAUAUGUAAGUUGAACAUUGGGGUUAUCAAUAAUUUGUGUUUUCUACCUCAGUAUUGAAGUCCUUUUUUUACAGUUUAUGGCAUUUGCUGUGAAUUGAGUUUUGAAACUCUGGGAUGAAAGAAUUAGUAAAGUAGUUUUCCAAACAGAGUAUAUCCAGUACUACCAAAAUUCAUCAAUAGUUACAAAGCCAAGUCUUAAAGUGCAGUUCAUCAUAUCAUAGAGCUUACCAAUGAAUAUACAAAUAAUUGUGGCAUGUCUUGAAAGCUAACUUAUAAAAAGCAGGAAUACUUGCAGAAAUGACAUUUUCCUUCUUUAGGUGGUCUAUGAAUGUUCUAAUCCUAUUGCAGUUUGUGAACCACCAAGGUGUCCAUAUUCUUUUAAAAAUGUUUCUUGGCAUAUUUCUAUAAAUAUUGUUUGGACUGAAAGCUAUUUCAUGGUUUGUUUUCACCAGUAGUUUAUGAUUGGUUUUUCUGACUGGCAUCACAUCAAUGAUUGAUGACAAAUGUAUUUUACUUGACAGAAUGCUAAAUUUUAGAAGUUUUCUUUAAAAUCAUAAUUAUUUAUUAGGGUCAUUUUCCUCUUCAGUACUGUAUUGUCUUAUGUAAAAUUUAGGGUUCUUUACAGUGCAGUCUCUCUUUCUGGUGUGUCCCACCAUCUAGAAAAAGUAAAUACUCUGUUGAGGCUUCCAUCACUAGUGAUUUUUGUAAUGGUUUGACUUCAUUUAUGAAGCAGUUUCUUCUAGUAUUUCUUAAUCUUUGUAGGUUUCAAGUUUGAUUUGUAAUAUAUUGUAACAAAAGUAUCCAAGAUGAGAUUGCCCUCAAUAUUUAUAUCCUUUUGUAGGACCAAGUGAAUUUGCAUAUUUCAGGUAUGCAUCCAGUAGAUCACCAUUACCCCUUAAAUCAAAUAUUGAAAGGUUUGUGUUUUAAGUAUUAUUGUGUAUUGUAAUUUUUAGUUUCAGUUGCUUAAUGUGUAUUAAAUGAUUCUUGAAAUUAAUUGUCAAUACGUAAUAUUCUUGAGUUAUCAACAAGUGUUUCCUUCCCAUUUGCAACAUUAUGAAUUUUCAUUGUGCUGUCCAGUCAAGGAAAAAAUUAAUUAUGUAUGUAAUAGGUCAGUUAUUGGUUGGGAAUGAUUUUAUUUAACAGGCUUUUUAAUUUUAGGAUUAGUCAUAGGUCAGCUAUAAAUCCCAUUAUGGAUAGAUAUAGGACUUUGGUAAUUGAGAGUUUAUACCUUACAUCAUUGCCAAUGUAUGGAAAAGUUCAUUUUAAUAAUCGAGUAGUUUUGUUACCUUUAAGAACAGAAGGGCCAAGUAUCUGACUUCUUACUGUAAUGCUUUUGAUUUUCUUUCCAAUCCAAAAAGUAACCCAAGGUUUAACAAGCAUUGUAUGACCAAUUACAGGAUCACAGUAUGUAUGCACUGGUUGAUUUUGAACUGAAGGCACAAAGGCCAAGCACUGAAGACUGGUUGUUAUGAAUCUUCACCAAAGGUGCUUUGCAUAUUGUCUUUAUUGGAGUUUAUAGAAAUAUUUCGUUGGUUAUAAUUUCUGGGAGAGUGGCUUGGUAUGUUUUCUUUAUUCAAUGUGGUAUUCAUUUAAGUUGAAAGUGAGUUAGCACCACAGCCUAGUAUUUCAUAAACAAAUUAUUUUAUACUUUUAAUCCUAUUUUUGUAUGCCUCUUUUCUGGAGCCUCAUUGCUGAAUAAAGAAUAACUUCAAUUUGAAAAUAGUAUGGUCACUAAUAUGACUAUUUCUUACAACAAACCUUAUGUUGAGUUCAGAACUAUUUAAUCAGUCAAAAGCAAAAUUUCUUACAUAUUACAGUAUUGUAUUCACUUUAAACCUACUGAAGUAAUUUAAACUUAAAAAUCUGCAAUUUUCCCUUCAAUCCUAUUAUGGAUGAAAAAUGAAGGAAUGAGUUAUGGAUAAAAAAUGAAGGCACGAAUACAAUACAGCAAUGUAAUUGCAUUGUGAUUUGGCAUAUUUCUGGUUAAAUUGUCAAUACAAUAUGAAAACUAGCAAAUUGUCACCUCAGAAAAUGUUAUAAUUUAAAAUUAUAUACUUAUGGUAUGAGAGGUAAGAAAGUAUACAGGACUCAUAUUUUAUAUACUGUACUAUAACCCAUGUUAAUACUGGUCUGUAUGAAUUCAGUAUCUGAAUAUAUUGUAGAUAAAUCAUA